ACGAGAGCGAGCUUGUGAGGGGGCUGCACUUAUCACGCAUCAGGAUGGCUGAUCUCUGGGACGAUAUCUACAAUGACACAAAACUGCUGGAGGAGUUGGCACCCAUUGCCAUUGAUGCAGCUUUGCUGCAGGGGGUUUUGAUGAGGACAAAAGAGAGCCCAAAUUCAUCGGACGUUGUCAGUUUUGCCCCAUUUGCCCUUCUCCCAUCCCCUGUGCCCAAAGCUCUCUUUGAGCAAGCCAAGUGCGUGCAGGAAGAUUUUAACACGUUGGUGGAUCGGAUCAGCCAGGACACGUCGUUCUUGGAACAGGUUCUUUCCAGCACCAUCAAAGUGGAUGAUUUUAUCCGACGGCUAUUUGCAAUCCACAAGCAAGUUCAGCAAGAAGAUUGCAUACAGGAGGUGUUUUUAGGCAUCAAUCGUUCAGAUUACAUGUUUGACUGCCGAGAUGAUGGGACACCUGCUUUAAAACAGAUUGAGAUAAACACCAUUGCUGCUAGUUUUGGUGGCCUUGCUUCCCGGACCCCUGCGGUGCAUCAACACGUGCUAAAGUUUUUGAGGAAAUCGGAAGAAUCCAGCAGCAUCUUAACCAACGAUGCAGUUGAAGGGAUUGGUUGGGGCAUUGCACAUGCCUGGGCACUAUAUGGCUCAGUCGAUGCCACGGUUAUGUUUCUGGUUGAGAAUGAGCAAAGGAACAUAUUGGAUCAACGCUUUAUAGAAGCAGAACUGUGCAAAAGAAAUGUCCGUGUGAUAAGGAGACGCUUAGCCGACGUGUUUGAGAGAGGAACUCUAGACGAGGAGAGACACCUGUUCAUCGAUGGAUACGAGGUUGCCGUGGCUUACUUCCGAACUGGUUAUGUGCCUCAAGAUUAUACAGAACAGGAUUGGGAGGCACGGCUCAUGUUGGAAAGAUCCAGAGCUGUAAAAUGUCCAGAUGUACCAACCCAACUUGUUGGAACAAAAAAGGUCCAGCAGGAACUGAGCCGUCCCCAAAUUCUUGAGAAAUUUCUUCCAGACAAACCGGAGGCAGUCGCUCGAAUAAGAGAAACCUUUACAGGCCUGUACUCCUUGGAUAUUGGUGAAGAAGGAGAUGAGGCAGUGAGAGUUGCUCUUGCUAAUCCAGACCAAUUUGUGCUGAAACCACAACGGGAAGGAGGAGGGAAUAAUUUGUACGGGGAAGAGCUGAAAGAAAAGCUGCAAGAGUGCAAAGACAGCGAGGAACGGACCUCCUACAUAUUAAUGGACAAGAUUAAUCCCAAGCCGUUGAAGAACUGCCUGCUGAGGGCUGGGGGUCGUGUGCAGAUAUCGGAGUGUAUUAGUGAGCUGGGCAUGUUUGGCGUUUAUGUCAGGCACAGGGAACAGAUGAUCUAUAAUGAUCAAGUGGGUCAUCUCCUAAGGACAAAGGCCAUAGAACACUCAGAUGGAGGUGUAGCUGCAGGAGUGGCAGUCUUGGAUAACCCUUACCUGGUAUAAUGUGGCUUGUGAUCUCGGCUACAUAAUGUGCCUAAUACUCCCUCUGCUGAGCAUAAUCAUUACUGCACUAUUUAACUGUCUGAGCAAGAGGUUCUGUCUUAUUUCAGUGUUCCAGUGAGCUGAAUACAUGUCCCAGUGCCUUAUUAGAGUGGAAGGCAUCACUUUGAUUAGUUACUUUGCCCAUGAUGCCAGGAUUCUAAGUAUGUGAGAGAGUCUUUGUGUGUGUGCAGCUAGAGCCAGGCUCUUUGGGAUGUACCAUUGAGCGGAACAUUCCAAACCAUCUUGGAACGGCUACCGAAAAGUAGAUUCAGGUGCAUUAGAUCCCCAUAAUUGCUGUGGUUUCAAUACAAAUUAAUCAAAGACUGGGUGGACAGACAAAAGGAGUGGGGCGGGGACAGGCAACUUUCAGAAAUUGAAAUAUAGCAAAACUACAACUCCCAGCAUUCCUUUAAUAGCGCUAUAAUUAGCCCCAUGUCAUAAAGUGAUAACAAUACACUCCAGGCAUUUUCUGAGACCUUAUUUCUUAUUCCCACGUUGAGUCAAUAGGAAUUAUGGUUUAAAAAAAAAAAAAAAAAAAUCCAGGACUGGAUCAUUAUGUCCCUGAUAACACGUGAUUAAUUGACAUCUCUGCAGCUGAAAAAGGAAUGCUGGGAUAUGUCGUUUUCCGGGAUAUCUCAAGCGUCAAUCCCUGGUGCAGAACCUGGUUCACCUGGUCAGCUUUAGUCUUAUUUAUUUAGUCCACAAUGAAAACAUUCUUGUUUCAUUAUUCAACUGACAACACUAGAGUAACCUGGCAACUUUAGCAUGGCAACAACAAUUCUUCGCACUUAAACUGGAUAGUAGAUUGUAAGCGCUAACUAGCAGCGUCCGAUUUAACUACCUGUAUCAGUCUCUAUUGGUGUGUAAUGUGUAUGAUGUAUACACCGUUCUGUUGUACAGCCUGUAAAAUAUGUUGUUGCUUUAUAUACAGUAUGCUUGUUAUUAACAAUAAAUAUACUACUGAUGCA